AUGACCAUCGACCCCCUCCAGUCCAUUAGCGACUCCCUCAACCAAGCGAGCCAAAACCAAAAUCCCAACCCCUCCAAUACUACCUCAUCCCAAAUCCCUAACCCCACUCCAGCGCCUACCAAUAUUUCCACACCUAUCCCGAAAAAUCCAACAAACACCAUUCCUUCCGCCCCGUCUAAAGGGAAUCCGACCCAAAAAAGUACAGACGCUAGAAUGCAAAACCAGCUUAACCCACCAUCCAACCGGAAAGACAAUGGUACCGCACCAAAAGGAUCGGCAGCUGCCACCAAAAUCUCCAAAACCGCGAACAUCCUCAACAAAGAGAUCGGUAAAACGGUCGUGGGGUCACAAGAACCACCAAGCGCUAGAUCGCCCGAACCGAACGCAACCAAAAUCAAGGCAAGAAAUAUGCUGCUCGCCAAGGCUAUAAAAGCUCAAGAAGAAGGAGACGACGAGAAAUCAGACCGAUUCUUCGCGAUGCAUGACACACUACUCAAAGAAGAAACCCUCGUGGUAUCGCAAAACGAUCACGAGAUCCAAAUCCUCACAAGCCCGACAGUGAUCCCCCAGAAGAGGCCCGCAGUAGCCGGGGGAGCCACAGAAUCAAAAGGCCUUAAAUUCAAAUGGGGCGUCUCAAACUCCCAUGACGACGGUGGUUUCACUCCAUAUUUCCACAAAAACAUCUCUGAACUCAAGGGCCCAAUCCCCUUGACCAUCUUCAACAGGAAGUGGCAAGAAGAAGCUCUCAGCUAUCACUCAAAGAACCGUCCCAAAACGGACGAAACUUCAGCCGAGAAGGGUCUCCGAUAUCACGGAUUAGCAGUACCCGACGAGUGGACCCAAUCAUUCGCAGACUGGACACUAAAUCAUAGGUGUUUCUAUGAAACGAUGAGGGAUCGCUACAACUACCCGAUGUUAGCGGAAUGGUGCCUCAUCCACAAGGACAACUGCGACAAGCUACAACGCAAGCAUGGUUUCAUGGUCGCUCUACGCUAUGACAUUAGAAUCCGGAACAAUGCGUUCGCCUUCCGGGUUGAACGAGACGGAGAAGAAUUUGUAUCGGACAUCUCAGAGUACAAACCUGAAACCGCAGACGAUGCCCACUCAGAAGCCAGAAACUUCAACGAGUUAGGCCUCAGAGAUAACCCUUAUGCGGUGGGAGGACCACGGUACGGCUGGGACCCUCACACAGGCCAAAGAAGCGCCAAGUCAAACACCACGACAACUCCCUCGACAAAAAACGCAGCUCAAACCACACCAAGUCAAAACGCAUCGUCAUCUUUCCCUCAAUCCUCGAAUUCCUUUUCCCAAACCCCAAGCUCACUCCCAAUGAAACCGGGUAGUUCAGACCAGAACCAGGGGAGACCCCAAAGGAGCUCCGGUUAUAAGGGGAAGAAUUUUAACCCGAACCACGGGAACGGUUAUAAGAAAAGAGACUAUCAGCAAAAAGCAAGGGCCAUGAGUGCGAUACCGCUACAACCUUUAGGGGAGAUACCUCCAACAGAGCAAGAGGGAGGCAAAUCAGUAAUCUGGCCUGAAGAAGUCACUUGCGAAAUGGAUAUUGAAGAAUGGCAGAAGGCCCUAGGAGAGGCAGGCCUUACGGAGAAAUACUCGGAUGUCAUUCACGGACUCCAGUUUGGUUUUGACCAAGGUAUCCCUAAUCACGACUUAGGCCCAUCUAUCCCUUACUUCACCCCUCCAAAUCACCAAUCAGCCCUGUUAGCCCAGGAAAAGAUCGAAUCUUCAAUAAGCAAGGAAAUCAUGGCCGGCCGUAUGUACGGACCGUACACACACGAACAAUUGAUGGGGAAGUACAAAUUUUUCAGAUCUAACCCGCUAGGUGCGGUGGUGAACGGAGACGGCUCAGUCAGGCCGAUAAACGACUUAUCCUUCCCUCACAAUGAUCCUCAAAUACCCUCAGUAAACUCCUUUGUGGACAAAUUAGAUUACGUCACCACAUGGGAUGACUUCGAACGUGUCUCAAAAUUCCUCCGCAGCCAAGACACACCUAUUCUACUAGCCCUCUUCGAUUGGGAAAAAGCGUACCGACAAAUACCAACGGCCAAAUCUCAAUGGGCCUACCUUAUGGUCCGAGAUUUCAAUGGGGGCAUCCUAAUCGACACCAGGAUAGCGUUCGGGGGCGUAGCUGGCUGUGGCUCAUUUGGCAGACCAGCGGACGCAUGGAAAGACCUGAUGCUACAUGAAUUCGAUCUGAUCACCGUUUUCCGGUGGGUAGAUGAUAACCUAUUUAUCAAAAGGCUUGACUCCACCGUGGAGAUGGAGCAGAUAGUCGCGAGAUCGGAGAAAUUGGGGGUAAAAACCAACUCAACCAAAUACUCCCCGUUUGGAGAAGAACAGAAAUACAUCGGUUUCGUCUGGAACGCACCCCGGAAGACGGUGAGACUACCGGAUGAGAAGAAGUAUCAGAGAAUUCAGCAGAUAAAACAAUUCCUCGCACCAGGAGCUGUAUUCUCCUUCAAACAAGUCGAAGUCAUGGCGGGAAGACUCAAUCACGUAUCUUACCUCCUCCCGCAACUCAGGUGUUACCUUAACAGCCUAUAUCGGUGGAUGAAUGCCUGGGUCUAUAGGCACAUAGAUCUCCUCUUACCGACUGACGCACGACAGGAUCUGGAGGAUUGA